CUCCAACAAGUGACACGACAUGACGGAUCUCAUGGCGUUCGUGCCGGUGGAUCUGCAGGACAGAAUGCGCCAUUAUCACGACGACUUCUGGGUCAGCCGCACCUUUGAUCCGUCCUUCAUCGGUCAAGUCAUGUACGCAGGAUUCCUGCCCAUUGCAACACAGCAGGGUCGACAUUGCUACCUCUUGCCAAAGUUGCACGCCCAGCGCUGUGUGAUCUCCUCACUAGCGUCGCUGCACGUUCCAAAACAAGUGCGCAAGAAGUCGAAAGGGUUUCAUCUGACAUUCAACACAGCGUUCGAUAGCGUCGUCGCAGGGUGUCACGCUCAACAUGGGCAGGCGUGGUUGUAUCCACCUGUGGUGACGGCGUUUCGAGCCAUGCUGAAUGGUGUGCCUGUCGCUGAUCAAGGGCGGCAGGUCCAGCUUAUCAGUGUUGAGCUCUGGAACGACGUGAACGAUUUGGUUGCCGGGGAACUUGGCUACACAAACGGCGCGAUGUAUACAAGCUUGACAGGGUUCACCGGCUCCAACGGCGCUGGGACGAUGCAGUUGUAUGCUCUAGGAGCAUAUUUGCAUCAGUGCGGGUUCCAACUAUGGGACUUGGGCAUGUCCAUGCCGUACAAACUCGCUCUGGGAGCAAGAGACAUUCCCCGGACAGAAUUUGUCCAGAUCAUGAGGCAAUUGCGGCCAAUCGAUGUUACGUUGAUCCCACUGGCCAUGGCGCCUCUGUCCGCCAAAGAAUUGUUCCAAGUCCACGCAGCUGCCUCAGUCAAUGGACGAACCUCACAUGCUUCAUAAAAGCGUCCCAAUACACGACUCAUACGACGAAUACUGUUGUUCGACACCGCAAAGGGAGUUUCGCACGACGAGUCGAAGAACUCUGACCCACCUUCUCCUGCCGUGGCUACUCAACUU